UCGACAGAGUGAGGACGUCCAGAGCCAUGAAGUGCACCUCUGCAGUUCUGGUCCUGGUUCUGCUGAACCUCAUGGACUCUCCAGCGCAAGCCGAUAUCAGAGAUGCAAUCAAAGCAAGCUGUGCAGCAAAAUAUCAGCCCAAACCGUGUGGAACGGAUGAAAGGGGCAAGGAAUGGAUCCGGCUGAACGACAGGAAGUGCAUGCGGAUGGGCCACAGCCUAUAUGACUACGACAGGGCAGAGCAAUGCUGCAUGUACCAUUAUGGAGGUCAUCUGGUAUCCAUCCACAACCUGGAAGAGUACAACAGGGUGCUGUGUAUGCUCUUUAGAGAAAACAGUGAGGAGAUGCUACCGGUGUGGAUCGGACUCAAGAAAGAUGAGGACAGCACUGAGUACGACUACACCGAUUUUAGCGAGCUGGAUUUCCACAGAUGGUUCGUCACACCAACAAACACUGAAAAAGGUGAAAAGGUGUGCAUCCGGAUGAACUAUGGAGUCUGGGGCCACUGGAGUCCGCUGAACUGCUCAGAGAAGCUCCUCUACGUGUGCACCGUUGGAUGGAUCGAGUAACGUUCACGUGUUCAUUCAGCAACGUCACGAAGACCCGGUGAGCCGAACCCCCGCUGGAGCCACAGUCCUUGUCUUCUGAUCCACUGCGUCCAAACUAACUGCAAUAAAAAAAACGUUCUUCUGCUUCUGCAAAA